UCAAAGUUGCUUACCCCACUCCUCUCACUUUAUUAGUAUUUGUAACAGUAAUAUUGGGUUCUCUGCCUCUGCCUAUUCCUUCCUUUGCUCUCAUUUUUGCUCUCCAAUGGCUUCCACGCUCUUCUCCUUGCUUUGCCUAUCGUCUCUCUUCUUCUCCCUCGCUCAUUCAUCUCUGCUCCUCCCAUUAUCCCACUCCCUCUCCUUCCACAACGCCACCGCCCACGGCCUCCUCAAAUCCACGGCGGCGCGUUCGCGAGCCCGCUUCCGCCGCCAGGUGUCGCUGCCGCUUUCCCCCGGCGCCGAUUACACCAUCUCCUUCUCCUUCGGCUCGCAGAUGGUUUCUCUAUACAUGGACACCGGAAGCGACGUCGUUUGGCUGCCCUGCCGCCCCUUCGAGUGCAUUCUCUGCGAGGGGAAAUACUCCCCCUCCGCCGUCCCUCACUCCGCGCCGCUCAACCUCACCUCCGCCGCGGCGGUGCACUGCAAGUCCGCCGCCUGCUCCGCCGUCCACUCCUCCCUCCCUUCCUCCGACCUCUGCGCCAUCGCCAAAUGCCCUCUCGAGUCCAUCGAGAUCAGCGACUGUAAAUCCUUCCACUGCCCGCCGUUUUACUACGCCUACGGCGACGGCAGCUUCGUCGGAAAGCUUUAUCAGGACACGCUGUCGAUUCCCAAGGCGGCGCCGCCGCUUGAGCUCCCGAAAUUCACCUUCGGGUGUGCUAAUAGUGCGCUAGCGGAGCCGGUUGGGGUCGCCGGGUUCGGCCGCGGAGCGCUCUCCCUGCCGGCGCAGAUCGCCGCCGCCUCGCCGGACAUCGGAAAUUACUUCUCCUACUGCUUGAUUUCUCAUUCCUUCGACAAAUUACAGGCGAGGAGGCCGAGCCCGCUGAUUCUUGGGCGGUACGAGAAGGAAAUGAAGAACGACGUAACGGAGACUCAGGAAUUUGUGUACUACACGUACACGCCGAUGUUGGACAAUCCGAAGCACAAAUACUUCUAUUGCGUCGGAUUGGAGGGGGUUUCGAUCGGAAAGCGGCGGAUUCCGGCGCCGGCGAGCUUGCAGAGGGUCGACCGCCGGGGGAACGGCGGGAUGGUGGUGGAUUCGGGGACUACAUUCACAAUGCUGCCGAGGAGGUUUUAUAAGGCGGUGGUGGGGGAAUUCGACCGCCGCGUCGGCGCCGUUUACCGGCGGGCGAGGGCGGUGGAGGACCGGACCGGUCUAGGGCCGUGUUACUACGGGAAGGAGGAGAACGAGAAACUCGCCGCAAAAGUUCCGAAAUUGGUGUUUCAUUUUGGGGGGAAUGCGAGCGUGGAGAUGCCGCGGAGGAAUUACUUUCACGAGUUUCUGGACAGUGAUCGGAAGCUUAAGGUGGGGUGUAUGGUGGUGAUGGACGGCGGCGAUGAGGCGGAGAGCGGCGGAGGUCCGGCGGGGCUGCUGGGGAACUACCAGCAGCAAGGAUUUGAGGUGGUUUACGACCUGGAAGCGAAGCGGGUCGGGUUUGCCCGGAGGAAGUGCGCAUCUUUGUGGGAUAGAUUGAGCUGAGCACUAACGUGCGCUUCCACGAUCCAAGUCAACUUUGAGUCCUGGUUGACUCUGUACUUGAGUCAACCGGGUCGGGUACUCUCGGGUUCGGGUUAUGGGUUUUAAUUUUUGUUAAUUAAUUUUGUGGAGUGUUCGUUUUUUUUUUUUGCAUGAUUUGCUACCAAGGAUGUAAAUGGGAAUAAUACAAAAAAAAUGUAAAUUUGUGUACUUUUUAAAGCAGUAAUCAAAAAUUGCCCAAAAAAAAAGAGAGCGAUA